CCGCCCCCCUCUACCCUGCCCACCUCCCCCAGGCCUGCCGACGACCCUGGGCUUGUCGAUGACGGAGACCACGUCGACCAGCGUGACGCUGACAUGGGACUUGCUCGGCCCUGACCCUGUCCUCUUCUACAUCAUCCAGUACAAGCUGCAAUCGUCGGAGGGCCCCUUCCGGGAGACGGACGCCGUGCCCGACACGCGGCACACGCUCGCGGGCCUGGAGCCCGACUCGAUGUACGAGCUGCGGGUGCUGGCAGUGAACGGGAUGGGGCGCGGGCCGCCCAGCCCGCCGGCAUUGGCGCGCACCGGCGAACAGGCGCCGUCGGGCCCGCCGCGCAACGUGCACGCGUACAUGCUGGGCCGCACACCUAUCCUGCUGAUAGCAUGGCGCCAGCCCAAGGUGCCCAACGGGGUGAUCCGUGGCUACCGCGUCUACUGCGCCGUCGAACCCGUGCGGCCCGAGAGCACCUGGCUGGAAAGCGUCGUCGGUGGCGACGACUUUUUCGCCUUGUUGGGCGGCCUGGCGCCCAACACGCCGCACGUGCUUCGCGUGCUCGCCUUCACGUCCGCUGGCGACGGGCCCUUGUCCGACAAGAUCUACGUCGAGACCACCGUCGCAGCUCCUGUCCAGCCGGUGAAGCUGACAGCAGAAGCGGUGUCCGAAUCGAGCAUUCUGUUACGCUGGACCCCUCCGCACCACGGCGCCGUCGCCAGCUACGAGCUCUACGUCCGCCACGGGGGGGACAACAACAACGACAACAACAAAAACAAGGAGGAGGAGGAGGUGGUGACACUGGAGCCUUCCGCCGUGACGUUCCUGCUCGAGCGCCUGCAGCCCGACACCGUCUACCGCUUCCAGCUGUCGGCGCGCUCCCGCGCCGGGCUGGGACCCGCCACCUUCACGGUCACGGAGCGCACCAAGCAGUCAGCCCCCUCGGCACCCCCACAAAACACGUCGUGCGUGUCCCUGAGCCCCGGCAGCGUGCUGGUCAGCUGGGAGCCGCCGCCCGCACACGGCCGGCACGGCACCAUCACGGGCUACACGGUCGCCUACAGGGAGCUGCCGCCCGGCCAAGGCACGGCGCACGCACCCGACGCAGACGGCUCGGGCAGGGGGGAUGACGGGAAGGACGGGGAGGCCGGGGAGGACGGCUCGGAAGGGCAGCCGAGCUGGGUGGGUGGCUGGCGCCAGACGCCGCUGCAGCCCGCAGAGCGGCGGAGCGUGACGCUGCGCGGGCUGAGCGAGCGGGCCCCGUACGAGGUGACGGUGCGGGCACACACGGCGGUCAGCCCGGGGCCCCCGUCGCUGCCCGUCCAGGCUCGCGCACUCAAGGACGCCGCCACCACCACCGCCACCACCACCACCUCCCGACCCUCGUCCGCGGUGUCUACGGGAGACGAGGCGACGCUCCCCGCCGGUGGCGGCAGCGCCUCCAUCAGCUUCAUGGCGGCCAUAGCGGUGCUGGCGAUCCUCCCCUUCGUGGUGUGCACCGCGUGGGGCACACGGAGCGCCGGCAAACGUGGCGAUGAGCGAGGAGGAAACGCCCCGAACCUGCUCCCCGAGAAGGAUACCGUCUCCGACUGCAGCGGCUACGUGAGCAAUGUGCUGGCCGGGGUUCGCCACGAUGACGGCGGCGACGAUGGCGACGAUGUCACCGUGGGGAUGAUGGAGCUGCUGCACGUGGAGGAGGUGGUGGAGGUGGUGGAAGGGGAGGAGAUUGCCUUCAUCGGUGCUACAGACACGGAGCCCCCAGCAGCCGAGUGAGGCUGUGUGCAGCACAGGCAAUGUGUGUGUUUGUGUGCGCAGCGCGUGCUAGGCUGCCACUCUAGUAGUAGUGGUGUAAUAAAA